GCAAUAUCUAGAUCGUCGGCGGCAGAUCGAUCCGCUCCAAUCCUCGUCUCUGCGUCGGUCUCUUCCUCAAGGUGAAAGAAUGGUAUGGUUUACUGCGAUGAUACUUUGGAAGGCGUGUUUAGUACUGUCAAAUCUUGAAAGCUACAUGUGUCCCACUUAUUUAAAGACCUUAUUAUCAUCCUGACACGCAGCAAAACAGAACCGAAACCUUUAACCAGGGUCGUCUCUCAAUCAAGACCCAACUUGUGAUUCCCUUCAUUUUGUUAUCUCCUUAUUCUUUAUUUCUACAAAAACUACAGCUUUUGAAUUGAAGUAGGGUUCUCAAUUGACAGAGUAGAGAAGCAGAGGAAUUCAUUGGCUAAACUAACAUCUGCUCAAAUGCCGGAGUCCAGAAAUGUCGAGUAUGUGGAGUUGGGGGAAGGUUCUUCCCCCAAGUUAGAGAAGCUCCCAAAAGUAUCAGUCAUCCCACUUGUUUUUCUGAUCUUUUACGAGGUUUCUGGAGGGCCAUUUGGUGUUGAAGAUAGUGUCCAGGCAGCCGGCCCCCUUUUAGCGCUUCUUGGUUUUUUGGUUUUCCCAUUCAUAUGGAGCAUUCCCGAAGCCUUGAUCACUGCAGAAAUGGGUACUAUGUUCCCAGAGAAUGGUGGUUAUGUAGUGUGGGUUUCAGCAGCAUUGGGUCCUUACUGGGGCUUUCAACAGGGCUGGAUGAAAUGGCUUAGUGGUGUUAUUGAUAAUGCACUAUAUCCUGUUCUAUUUCUAGACUAUCUCAAAUCUGCAAUUCCAGCAUUGGAGGACGGUUUCAUCAGGAUAAUAGCAGUGCUAAUUUUAACGGCUGCUCUCACUUACUUGAACUAUAGGGGUCUGACCAUUGUGGGAUGGGUUGCCAUACUAUUGGGGGUUUUCUCACUUCUUCCUUUUGUCUUUAUGGGAGUUGUGGCUAUUCCGAAACUGAAUCCUUCCAGAUGGUUGUUGGUAGACACAGGCAACAUAAACUGGGGUUUGUACUUAAAUACCCUGUUCUGGAACCUUAAUUACUGGGACUCUAUUAGUACUCUUGCGGGAGAGGUGGAAAAUCCUGGUAAAACUCUUCCAAAAGCUCUCUUUUAUGCUCUUAUCUUGGUUGUAUUUGGGUACUUCUUCCCUCUUCUGAUUGGUACGGGAGCCAUUCCAGUUGAUCGUGAUUUAUGGUCUGAUGGGUACUUCUCUGACAUUGCUAAAAUUCUUGGAGGUGUAUGGUUAAGAUCAUGGAUUCAGGUGGCAUCUGCUUUGUCAAACAUGGGUAUGUUUUUAGCUGAAAUGAGCAGUGAUUCUUUUCAGCUUCUGGGGAUGGCAGAGCGUGGAAUGCUUCCAGAAUGUUUUAGCAGGAGGUCUCGACAUGGAACUCCUCUUACUGGGAUCUUAUUCUCUGCCUCUGGAGUAAUUUUACUGUCGUGGAUGAGCUUUCAAGAGAUAGUAGCUGCAGAGAACUUCUUGUAUUGUUUUGGAAUGAUUAUGGAAUUUAUAGCAUUUGUGAAGCUACGAAUGGAACACCCAGCAGCAUCUCGGCCUUACAGGAUACCUAUCGGAACAGCGGGAUCAAUACUGAUGUGCAUUCCUCCAACCAUCCUUAUCUUAGUGGUUUUAGCUAUUGCUUCCUUCAAAGUCAUGGUUAUCAGCAUCAUUGCCGUGAUUAUUGGACUUGUUCUGGAGCCUUGUCUCCGUUUCUCGGAGAAAAAGAGAUGGUUCAGCUUCUCCAGGGAUUCUGUCAUAGUAGACUUUCAUUCUGUGAACUACCAGUCAUCGUGACUGUCCUGUAUUUAUCUUUCUGCUUUUGAAUGGAACACUAGUCCUUUACCUUUUCUUUGACUAUGAACAUAGGGAUGCAUAUUUAGCCAAUUAUUAUUCAGAAUUACUUUAGUUUUCAUGAAGAUAUCAGGAGCGGACAUGUGGACUUGUGAGAACUGCUUGGUAUUCAGUUUCUAGAACUACAUGAAACUCACAUGCAUAUGAAAGUGGUCCACUUAGCAUUGUGGUAGUUUUGAUAUUGCUUUCAAUUAAGAACACUGUAGAAGUGCAGAACUGCUAAUUUACAGAGCUUUCGCUAUAUGGCAGGUCCAAUCAGGUUCAAUUUUUUUGAGUGUGUUAGCUAAUUAGAAGGUUUGCUUCUCAAGUUUUGAGCAGUUGACUAUGUCUCAUAUGAACAUAUAUCAAAUGACAUUGUGGCUACCAUGAAAGAAUUCUAAUUGGGAACCUGCAUUUCAAGUCUUUUUAAUA